AUGGCUGACACGGAAAAAUCAAGUGCCAUGGGUACCAAGCCCCAAACUGAGCUCAACGAUAUCGAGCGUUCAUCCGGUGAGGACCACUCGGCCAAGGAGGAGAAAGACCCCAACGUGGUCGACUUUGACGGUCCUGACGACCCCGAAAAUCCGAUGAACUGGUCGACUGCGAAGAAAACGGUAGCAAUUGCUAUCGUCUCGAUGAUGACAAUGCUCUCGCCCAUCGGCUCAACUAUCAGCUCUGCCGCAGCGUCAGAUAUCAUGGCCCACUUCCACGCCCAGAACGAGUCGCUCGAGGCAUUCGUAACCACCAUCUUCCUGCUGGGUUACACCUUCGGACCGAUCGCGAUUGCGCCGCUGUCGGAGCUGUACGGACGGGUUAUCCUAUACCAGGUCUGCAUGGUGCUAUUCAUCAUUUUCAACGUGGCCUGUGCCGUUGCCAACAGCUUGGGAUCAUUGAUUGUCUUCCGACUGCUCGCUGGCAUCGUGGGGUCGUGUCCCAUCACGUUAGGCACCGGCUCCAUCGCCGACAUGAUUCCGCGCGAGAAGCGAGCAGGCGCCAUGGCAGCCUAUGUCAUCGGUGCUGUCUUUGGGCCAUCUAUUGGGCCUAUCUGCGGUGGCUAUCUAACUCCUGCAGCAGGGUGGCGCUGGAACUUCUGGCUAAUGGCCAUCGCCUCUGGCGUCAUGACGGUGAUCGUGUUCCUCUUUCUCCGCGAGUCGUACCCCUACGUCCUACUGAAGCGCAAGACGGAGCGACUGCGCAAGGAGACCGGGAACCUAGAUUUACGAUCGGCACUGGACACCGGUAAAACGCCAGGCCAGCUCUUUGCAUUCUCCAUCUGGCGCCCCCUUAAGAUGCUCAUGUCUCCGAUUGUCCUUUUGCUGUCACUAUACGCUGCUGUUGUCUAUAGCUACCUAUAUCUGUGCUUCACCACCUUCCCUCUUAUCUUUGGUGGCCAGUAUGGCUUCGGCAGUGGGGCAUCUGGCCUGGCUACCUUAGGGCUCGGAGUCGGCUCCCUCGUGGGGGUCAUCUUCUGCGGUGCCGCAUCCGACAAGCUCUCCAACUACCUCACACUCAAGAACGGAGGCGAAGCCAAGCCGGACGAGAACAAAACUCACUGGAUCGUGCCGAUUAUUGGAACCGGCUUCCUCGGCGGGGGCAUGAUCAUAACAUACAUGGCCAGCGUGAUGUACCUCGUCGACGCGUAUACCGUCUACGCAGCCUCGGUGACCGCGUCCAACACGAUCUUCCGUUGUUUGUUCGGAGCCCUUCUCCCACUCGCUGGUGGCGCCAUGUACAGCGCGCUAGGCGUGGGCUGGGGAACAUCCGUCCUGGGGUUUAUUGCCGUGGCCUUCAUUCCUGUUCCGGUCAUCUUUUAUCUCUAUGGUGAGCGCAUUCGCGAGAGUAGCCUCUUUAAAGUAGAUUUCUGA